AUGCAGCCCGUUGUCACGAUCUCCGAGAGCAAAGAGCUCCGGGGGCUUAACCUCAUCGCAGCACACUCGCACAUUCGUGGGCUGGGUGUCGAUGCCGACACUCUAGAGCCCCGAACAGCGUCGCAAGGGCUGGUUGGGCAGGAGAAGGCCCGAAAAGCGGCUGCGGUUAUCCUAGAGAUGAUCAAGCAGGGCAAGAUUGCCGGUCGUGCCGUACUGAUUGCUGGCCCUCCCAGUACCGGAAAGACAGCGAUUGCCAUGGGGAUGGCUCAAUCUCUGGGCCCCGAUGUGCCCUUCACCACGCUCGCCGCAUCCGAAAUCUUCUCUCUGGAAAUGUCUAAGACUGAGGCCCUCACACAAGCUUUCCGGAAGUCGAUCGGUGUAAGGAUUAAGGAGGAGAGCGAGAUAAUGGAGGGUGAGGUGGUAGAGAUUCAAAUUGAUCGCAGCGUGACGGGCGGCGCCAAGCAAGGCAAGCUCACCAUCAAGACGACCGAUAUGGAGGCCAUAUACGACAUGGGAAGCAAGAUGAUUGAUGCCAUGACCAAGGAGCGUGUGAUGGCGGGCGACAUUAUCUCUAUCGACAAAUCAUCGGGGAAAAUCACCAAACUUGGCAGGUCCUAUGCCCGGUCCCGCGACUACGAUGCGAUGGGUGUCGAUACCAAGUUCCUGCAAUGCCCCGACGGCGAGCUGCAAAAGCGCAAAGAAGUCGUACACACGGUUUCGCUGCACGAGAUCGAUGUCAUCAACUCGCGCACACAAGGCUUCUUGGCUCUGUUCUCGGGCGACACGGGGGAAAUCCGGAGCGAGAUUCGGGACCAAAUCAACACCAAGGUCGCCGAGUGGAAGGAGGAAGGCAAGGCAGAAAUUGUUCCGGGUGUCCUCUUCAUUGACGAGGUCCACAUGCUCGAUAUUGAGUGCUUCUCUUACGUCAACCGAGCCCUCGAGUCGGACUUGGCCCCAAUCGUCAUCAUGGCCAGCAACCGAGGCCACUCCCGUAUUCGGGGCACCGAUUAUAAGAGCCCGCACGGCCUACCCCUCGAUUUCCUCGACCGCGUUGCGAUUAUCAACACUCACUCUUACACUGGCGACGAGCUUCGUCAGAUUCUCUCCAUCCGCGCGCAGGAGGAGGAGGUUGACCUCACCCCUGACGCUCUUGCUCUGCUUACCAAAAUUGGUCAAGAGGCAGGGCUCCGCUACGCAAGCAACCUAAUUACCACGUCUCAGCUCAUCUGCGCGAAGAGGCGCGCGAAGCAAGUCGUCGUAGAGGAUGUACAACGGAGUUUUAAAUUGUUCUACGACCCUGCCAGGAGCGUCGGGUUUGUAGCCGAAUCAGAAAAGCGGCUGAUAGGCGAUGACGGCGUCGUUGACUUUGUCGUAAAGUCCAACGGUACUGCGGGCGAGACGAUGGAUACGAGCUAA